AUGGGGGAGAGCAGGGACACAGUGGAGGGAAGUGGGCAGAGGGUCCUGGGGUGGGAGUCAGCCUGUGCAGAGGAAUCUUUAUCCAGGACCAUGAUUGCAGAGUGCUGGAUGCUCCAGUGCGUCCUCCUCUGUGUCCCCAGCCCAGGCAGCUGUGAGGUAACUGGGAGAAGCUGGUGUAAAGAGAGGUCUCCUUCCAGAGCCGGCAGCUGCUCCUGGAAGGUUUCUCAGCUUUAUUUGCUUUUGCCACUAGAUGGUGAAAUAAGGGAAAACAGGGAAAGUCUUGCUGCGCUCCCUGGCAGCCUCUCUCCCUGUGAAACCACGCUGACGUGCUCUGCUUUCUGGGAACCCGGCAAUUUCAGGCAAUUAUGUCCUGGACCUUUUAUACAGCUCAGCCUUGAAGAACUGCUGCCGCCAUCCCGGCUCUUUGAUCUUUUUAACUCCAGUAGUGCCGACCUGGAUUCAUUUAGGCACACAAAGUGGGUGAAAGACAGGCAGCAAAGCUACCUAAGAGCUGUUUGCUUUCCUGGAAGCCAAAGGAGCUGCUGGGGAUGUGCAAUGAACCAGAGUUCCAGCUCACCCUGGGGCACUGCUGCUUUCGCAAGAGGGAUUGAAGGAAUACUGCUGACCGCAGCCCCUGGCCCUGAGAGGAAAUACAUUCAUUGGCCCCAGCGUUCGGCGUGGCGAUUAAUUGAGAGCUGCCUGAAUCUGGAGCACCAAGUGAGCAUCAUUAGAGCCAUCUGAAAAUGAGGGAGAAGAGACUGUGAGUGACAGGAUCAAGGCUGGAGUCCGUGCACUCUACGGGUGAGUAAUUUGUACAUGCUGAGAGCUGACAGCUUUGGGGGUCAGGCGGCUACCAGGUACGUCACUAUUGCUCUUUUGCUAUUAAAAAGGUCCUGCGUUGGUGUUGCAGCAGCGCAGGUAGGUGAUCCCAGCUCCUGUGCUCCUGGCGGAGCAUGUGGGCAUAGGGCACCUCACGGGGCA